UUGACACAUAAAUAUUUUAGAAACUACUUCUUCAUUGUACAAUUCUUUUCCAAAAGUUAUUUUGCUUAUUCAUCACAAAAGUCAAAAAAAUAUGUCAAUACUGUUAUCAAAAGCAUUUUCAACUAUAAAUGGAAAACUAAUUGCCAAGUGUAAGAUCUUUCAGAGAGUGAGCAAUCUGUUUAUAAAUUCUUACAUGAUUUUCAAGAUGAAAGCUAUUCCCUUUCUUGUUGUGAUUUUCAAUGCAACUGUUUGUUAUACUUUACAAAGGAACAGAAGAAUUAUUAAUGUUGCAUCUGUGGAGAAUGGAGCAACAUGUCAAGCCAGUUCUGUGCAUCCACCACUUUCUACAGUAGACUAUACAUGUCAGAAUGCCUUAGAACCACAAUGGAUAAAUGUUUGUGAUUGGUCAGCACAUUGUUCUGGUUUAGCAUGUACUGAACAUUGGAUUAAAAUAAAUUUUAAAAAAGUUUACGAGUUAAUUGGAAUUUGUCUUAGUCAAAGAACUGUAGCGGAUGAGCAUAAAAUAAAGUCAGUAGAAAUUUCAUUCAACAACUCUACUUAUAAACCAGUUUACCAAGUUGAUACAGUUGCAAAUUGUCUCCUACUAGAAGAAAUUGGAUUACAAGCAUCCAGUAUAAGUUUGAGACCUGUUCCUCCUUUUUCUCUACUAUCAAACAUUGGUUUUAAUGAAAUUUUUGCGUAUGCCUAUGAGCAGGUCUCCAGUGCUAAAGAUGACAAUGAAGAAGAAUUUAUAAAUAUUGCUGAUUCUGCAUUAGGAGCUACUUGUGUAAGCAAUACUUCAAAAGAAAAUUAUCCAUGUGAUAAUGCUCUUAAUAGACUUAUGCCUCUUGAUUUCAUACUAAAAUGUGGAGCAAAUCAAUCACCUGUGACAUCAUGUGUAGGCAAAUAUAUAGAAAUAACAUUUGCAUUUCCAGCUGUACCACAAAUUAUUUGCUAUAAAAACAAAAGACAAAUUCAUAGUUUAAUAAAAGCUGUGAGUUUGUUAUGGAGUUCAGGGUUUGCUGAUGAAUUGAGUAAUUUGGCUCAGGAUAAUUUGUAUCAUUGCUUAACCUAUAAGCAUUCAAAAAUUGAGUCAUCAUUGAAAGUUACCAUAGCAGAUGUUUAUGGAAACAAUGAUGUUGGAUUCAAUCAUUUUAAAGUUUUUACAAAAAGUACAUAUAGAAAGAGAGAGAGUUUUAUUCUAAAAUUCAUUCUUUUUAAGAAAAGUGUUCAAUGCUUAAUGUUUUUCUCUUUAUUUUAGAAACUGAAGAGAAUAUACUCUGGAUUCAAGGUACAAAUUAUACAUUCUAUAGUCUACAAGAUAUAUACCAUGGAAAGUACAAUCUACAAUCCAUUAAGUUCAAGGUUAAAGGUAGACAAGAGGGAAACAAUAGCUGUUCAUCACUAACAAUUGCCUUUAAGAGUGAAACAACUGAACAGAUUACAUUGAAGAUUGAUACAAUAACUACAAAUAGUCAGACUCAAUCUUCAAUAGAAACUAGUGAACCUUUUGUGGAUAUUGUUACAUUUGGUUUGUCACAAUCAUUAAUUCAAUGCAAUGAAUGGAGUAUAUUUUGGUUGGAUAUAAAUGACAAUGAAAUUAAUUUUGGUAAAGGAGAAACCUAUGGCAAAGAUAUAUUGGCAACUAUUCAAACAACACUUUCUUUUGAUAUUAGGAAAAUUCUAUUCAAAAAUGAUUUAAUAGAAAAAAGUCAUUAUGUUCAAAUCUUACAUAAAAGAAAAAGGAAAUUAAAUUUCGACCUACUUUCUAAAUGUAAUAAAAAUGAUAAAGAUUUGAGUACAUGCUCAAAAUUGUUAACAAAUACUUUAACAUUUGAAUAUAACUUUACAAUGGGAAAGGAAAUAUUUAGUAAUAAUAGAAAAAUAAUGAUAACUUUAAAGAAAAUUACUGAAUUCAAUAGUAAGAUUUCUAUCUAUAUUGUUUUCAAGAUAAUCAAUAAUGGAAAAGAAGACAGUAGAAUGUGCCUAAUUGACAGACAAUCUGAAAACAAUUCAUAUCUUUCUUAUCAUUUAACAUGUAAAGAGAUUGACAAGAUAGAAUCAAAUGAAAUUUCUGUUUAUAUUUUGCCAGAUGAUUCUAAGAAUAUCAAAAAUUUGCAAUUUUGUGAAAUGUUCUCUUAAAUAUUACUCUAUUAACAAAAAAUCUAGGCUAGUUUCUACCUUGCAAAUUGUCAUCUUUUAUAUAUAAUUAACCUAGCUACUGAUGAUAAUUCUGGGUGUUUUUUUUUGUAUUUACUUUCAGUUUGAACCUGAAUUGACGUUUCUUCAUUUAAUAUAGAAUGUUGAAGAUUUUGAAGUAUUCCAAAACUUGUAUUCUUUAUUGAAAUGCAAUAUUGUUCUCUAUGAUAGAAGUAGUAACCAUUUGGACAAUAAAAAACAAAUUUCUUUUAAAUGUCAAUUUAAUUAUUUCUUCAACAAAAUUUAAUUCUGAUGGUUAAAUUUAAGAGACAGAAAAAAAUCCAGAAAAACACUGGAAAUGCCCACAAAAAAUAACAGAAAAUCUUCACAACAGACAGUAAAUAUUCACAAAAUGACAAAGACACUUUCAUACUUGUGUCAUGGCACAAUAAACUGUUUAAAAUAAUAUACGUAGUUAAGCAAGACAAUUUUGUGGGUGGAUUCUCUCUAAUCAAUUCAAUAAAAUAUUCCAUUAC